AUGAACGAGUACCAAGAAUUUGUUAAUAUUGAUCUAUAUCCUAUUGAUCCUGAAAUUGAGCGCACAUUCAGAGAGAGAAGAAGAGCUCAACAUAGGGCUCAAGGGGAUAUAGAAAUGAUGGAUGACCAAGGAAAUGGACGACGAGCUCAAGGGGAAAUGGCCCCUAAUAAUGGUCAAAAUGCAGUGAUUAUGGCGGAUGAUAGAGAUCAAAUCAUCCGACAAUACGCAGCACCUCUUUUCAAUGAGCUCAAUCCGGGCAUUGUUAGGCCAGAAAUUCAAGCUCCACAGUUUGAGUUGAAGCCAGUUAUGUUCCAGAUGCUUCAAACUGUGGGACAGUUUAGUGGCAUACCCACCGAAGAUCCUCACCUUCACCUUCGUCUAUUUAUGGAGGUGAGUGAUUCUUUCAAAUUGCCCGGAGUUACGGAGGAUGCCUUGAGGUUAAAGUUGUUCCCUUAUUCUUUGAGAGAUCAAGCCCGAGCUUGGUUGAACUCCUUGCCUUCUGCGUCGGUUACAACUUGGCAAGAAUUAGCGGAGCGGUUUUUGAUGAAGUAUUUUCCUCCCACUAAGAAUGCCAAGCUCCGGAAGGAAAUAACUUCCUUUCAACAAUUUGAAGAUGAGUCUUUGUAUGAGGCAUGGGAGAGGUUCAAGGAGUUGUUGCGGAAAUGUCCUCACCAUGGUAUUCCUCAUUGCAUCCAAAUGGAAACGUUUUACAACGGUCUCAAUGCUCAUACUCGAAUGGUGGUUGAUGCUUCGGCAAAUGGUGCUUUACUUGCCAAGUCCUAUAAUGAGGCCUAUGAUAUUAUUGAGAGAAUUUCCAACAACAAUUAUCAGUGGCCCACUACUAGAGUACCUUUGGGGAAGAAGGUUGCCGGUGUUCUUGAAGUUGAUGCCAUUACUGCUUUAUCUGCCCAAGUUGCUUCUAUGUCAAAUAUGAUCAAAAAUAUGAGCAUGGGUCAACAAAUGGGUCAACAGAAUGUUUCCUCACCUGUGGGACAACUUGAGGAGGUUUCUUGUGUUUUUUGUAGUGAGGCUCAUACCUUUGACAAUUGUCCAUUCAAUCCUGCAUCUGUGUUUUACAUGGGAAGUCAGAAUGCCUACAAUCAAACAUACAAGCAACACCCAAACUUGGCAUACAGAAAUCAAGGGGCUGGUACUAGUAAUUCAUCCAUGCUUCCUAGAUCCAACUUUCCACCUGGUUUUUCUCAACAAGCCUUUCAACAAAGACAACAACAAGGUGUCCAAACAAGUUCUCUUGAGAGUAUGAUGCGUGAUUUCAUGGCCAAGACAGAAAAUUUCAUGACAAGAACUGAGAGUUAUAUGGCGAAGAAUGACACUGCGAUCCAAAGUCAAGCAACCUCCAUGAGAACUCUAGAAAAUCAAGUUGGGCAACUAGCUAAUGAGCUUCGAAAUAGGCCACAAGGUACUUUGCCUAGUGAUACUGAAAAUCCAAGAAGAGAUGGAAAAGAGCAUUGCAAGGCGGUAAUCUUGAGGAGUGGUAAAGUUCUGGAGUCAAACGAGGAAGAAGCUAAGGAUAAAAAUGAGCCCACUUCAAUCCAAAGUCGAGUAGAGAAAAAUGUUGAACCUUCUAAUAUGUUACUUAGCAAGCCACCCCCACCAUUCCCUCAAAGAUUUAAAAAGCAGCAAGAAGAUGGUCAAUUCCGAAGAUUUCUUGAUGUUCUAAAGCAGCUUCACAUCAACAUACCAUUAGUGGAAGCUUUGGAGCAAAUGCCCAACUAUGUAAAGUUUUUGAAGGACAUUUUGACAAAGAAAAGGAGGCUAGGUGAGUUUGAAACAGUGGCUUUGACGGAAGGGUGUAGCGCCAUGUUGAAGAGCAAAAUUCCUCCUAAGUUGAAAGAUCCCGGAAGUUUUACAAUCCCAUGUACCAUUGGCGGAAGAGAUGUGGGUAGAGCCUUAUGUGACUUGGGAGCUAGUAUUAAUUUAAUGCCCAUGUCUAUUUUCAAGAAGUUGGGAAUUGGAGAAGCAAGGCCAACCACCGUCACUUUGCAAUUGGCCGAUCGUUCCAUGGCCCAUCCGGAAGGAAAAAUUGAAGAUGUCUUGGUGCAAGUUGAUAAGUUUAUUUUUCCGGCCGAUUUCAUCAUUCUUGAUUAUGAGGCGGAUAGAGAAGUUCCUAUUAUUUUGGGAAGGCCAUUCCUUGCUACCGGGAGGACCUUGAUUGAUGUGCAAAAAGGGGAACUUACUAUGCGGGUGAAUGAUCAACAAGUGACUUUUAAUGUGUUCAAUGCCAUGAGGUUUCCGGAUGAGAUUGAGGAAUGCUCUCGCAUAAGUGUGAUUGACUCUAUUGUUGCUGAAAAAUUUCACAAGGAAGCUUCGAAAGAGGAAAAGAUGAUAAGUUCUCUUGAAGAGCUUGAAGCUUUAAGUGAAGAUGAAGAAACCAAAGUUACUUGGGUAGAGUCAAAGCAGCCUUUCACUAAGUUUAGGAGGCCAUUUGAAUCUUUGGAGUUGUCAGAGAACAAUUUCAAGCCUCCUAAGCCUUCCAUUCAAGAACCACCCGAGUUGGAGUUGAAGCCGUUGCCUAGUCACUUGAAGUAUGUUUAUUUGGGAGAUGGAGAGACCUUGCCGGUAAUUAUUUCUGCUAUGUUGGGUGCCCAAAGAGAAUGCUUGUUAGUUGAUGUCUUGAAGAAAUACAAAAGAGCCAUUGGUUGGACCAUGGCGGACAUCAAGGGUAUAAGUCCUUCGAUUUGCAUGCAUAAGAUUCUAUUGGAAGAUUUGUGCAACCAUUCUGUAGAGCAGCAGCGACGGCUAAAUCCCAUCAUGAAGGAAGUGGUUAGAAAGGAGGUAAUCAAGUGGUUAGACUUUGGCAUCGUUUACCCCAUUUCAGACAGUUCUUGGGUAAGCCCAGUUCAAUGUGUUCCAAAAAAGGGUGGAGUCACGGUGGUAGCUAAUGAAAACAAUGAGUUGAUCCCUACAAGAACGGUGACGGGAUGGCGUGUUUGUAUGGACUAUCGGAAGUUGAACAAGGCCACGCGAAAAGAUCAUUUCCCGCUGCCAUUUAUUGAUCAAAUGCUUGAUCGUUUGGCGGGAAAAGAAUUCUAUUGUUUCCUUGAUGGGUAUUCUGGCUAUAAUCAAAUUGCCAUAGCUCCGGAAGACCAAGAGAAAACAACAUUCACUUGUCCAUAUGGUACCUUUGCCUUUCGGAGAAUGCCAUUUGGGUUAUGCAAUGCUCCCGCCACUUUUCAAAGGUGUAUGAUGGCGAUUUUUUCAGAUAUGGCAGAAAACAUUCUUGAGAUCUUCAUGGAUGACUUCUCGGUAUUUGGGGAGUCUUUUGACACUUGUUUGGUUAACUUGGAGAAGGUUUUAGCAAGAUGUGAAGACACGAACUUAGUUCUCAAUUGGGAGAAAUGCCACUUCAUGGUUCAAGAAGGAAUUGUUUUGGGUCAUAAAGUUUCUAACAAGGGCAUUGAAGUGGAUAGAGCGAAAGUUGAAGUUAUUGAGAAGCUGCCACCUCCUACUACUGUCAAAGGAAUUCGAAGUUUUUUGGGGCAUGCAGGUUUUUAUAGGAGGUUUAUUAAAGAUUUCUCAAAAAUCUCCAAGCCCCUUUGCUCUUUACUUGAGCAGAAUAGAUCUUUUGAGUUCACCAAAGACUGUCAUGAAGCUUUUGUGACUUUGAAAAAAGCUCUUGUGUCCGCUCCCAUUAUUGUAGCUCCCGAUUGGUCACUUCCUUUUGAGCUAAUGUGUGAUGCUAGUGAUUUUGCAGUUGGUGCUGUUCUUGGUCAAAGAAGAGAGAAGGUGUUCCACUCAAUUUAUUAUGCAAGCAGAACACUAGCUGACGCCCAAUUGAACUACACUACUACAGAGAAGGAGUUAUUGGCUGUGGUUUUUGCCUUUGACAAGUUUCGAGCUUACCUUGUUGGAACCAAAGUGGUGGUGUACACGGAUCAUUCCGCAAUCAAGUAUCUCAUUGCCAAGAAGGACGCCAAACCGAGACUGAUUCGUUGGGUGUUGCUUCUUCAAGAAUUUGAUUUGGAGAUUCGGGAUAAAAAAGGAGCUGAGAAUCAAGUGGCCGAUCACCUUUCUAGACUAGAAGGUGAUGAUGAGAUAAAGAAAGUUGAGCGACCAAUUAAAGAGAUGUUCCCCGAUGAAGCUUUAUUGAUGGUGAGCUUAGUAAACCAAGACUCCACUCCUUGGUAUGCUGAUUUUGCCAACUACUUAGUGAGUGGGAGGACUCCAUCUGAUUUAAAAGGGCAACCGCUCAAGAAGUUCUUCCAUGAUGUGAGGUCUUAUUAUUGGGAUGAACCUUUUCUUUAUAAACAGUGUGCUGAUCGUGUAAUAAGGCGUUGUGUGCCGCAAGAAGAGGUUCAAAAUAUUCUUGAGCAUUGUCACUCAUCACCUUAUGGGGGGCAUUUUGGAGGCCAAAGAACAGCUGCAAAAGUACUUCAAUCGGGGUACUAUUGGCCUUCCAUGUUCAAGGAUGCUUAUGAGUUUGCUAGACGGUGUGAUAGAUGCCAACGGGUUGGUAAUAUUUCUGCCCGAAAUGAGAUGCCUUUGCAAGUUAUCCUCGAGGUAGAGUUGUUUGAUGUUUGGGGCAUUGAUUUCAUGGGACCCUUUCCCCCAUCCUUUGGAAAUUUAUUCAUUUUGGUGGCUGUAGAUUAUGUGUCAAAAUGGGUGGAAGCAAUUGCAAGUCCCACCAAUGACUCUAAGGUGGUGAUGAAAUUUCUACUCAAGAAUGUCUUCACUCGUUUUGGGACUCCAAGAGCUCUCAUUAGUGAUGAGGGAACUCAUUUUGUUAACAAAGUGUUGGCGGCUCUUUUGGCUAAGUAUAGUGUCAAGCACAAGAUAGCUACAGCUUACCAUCCUCAAACAAAUGGCCAAGCGGAGAUUUCCAAUAGAGAAAUCAAAGGAAUUUUGGAGAAAGUGGUGAAUCCUACUCGAAAAGAUUGGUCUCAACGGUUGGAUGAUGCUCUUUGGGCCUAUAGAACCGCUUUCAAAACUCCUUUGGGCAUGUCUCCUUACCGUUUAGUUUAUGGUAAGGCUUGUCAUUUGCCCGUUGAAUUGGAACACAAAGCUUAUUGGGCCACGAAGAAGUUGAAUAUGGAUCUCCAAGCGGCGGGGGAAGCUCGAAAGUUACAAUUGAAUGAGCUUGAGGAAAUGAGGUUGUUUUCGUAUGAGAAUGCCAAACUUUAUAAAGAAAAUACCAAGAAGUGACAUGACAAAAGAAUUCAACCUCGAGUGUUUGAGAAAGGGCAGCGAGUUUUGCUUUUUAACUCGCGGUUGAGGUUAUUUCCGGGCAAAUUGAAGUCUCGUUGGUCGGGCCCAUUCACCAUAACCAAAGUUUAUCCUCAUGGAGCUGUGGAUGUUUGUAAUGAGCAAACCGGAAAGGAAUUUAAAGUGAAUGGGCAGCGUCUAAAGCAUUAUCUUGGUGGUGAGGUC